GAAAACAGAACUUGAGGCAUGAGCGUGAGCGAUGAUGAGUAUUGACUAUUGACUAAUGUGCCAAAACGAGAAAAUCGACGGUUCAGAUCUUCCAAGUCUCCCUUCAAUCCAACGGUUAUCGUUCGCUUCCUAAUAACCUUCUCUCUCUCCUUCUUCUUCACCCACCAUUGUUGCACUCUGCAAACUCCUAUACCCACGUUCCAAGUUCCGAUUUUUCGUUUCUGGGUCUCACUCACUCCCUUCGAAUGUUACCCUUAGAGCAUCACUUUCACUAUCUCCCUCCCUUAACCCACACCAAAUUGAAACCCUUUUCCCGCGCAAAUUCUAGGGUUUCCCUUCCCCAUAUCGAGACCACCCUCCGUCGUUUCAACCCCUCUUCGUGUCGUUUCCGAUGUCCAAUUUCAUCCAACGAUUCGCUUAGGUUCGGUUUGAGGGGUGGCCACCGAACAUCAUGGGUGUGUCGUUCCGCCGGAGAACCCGAUUCCGCGGCGGAUUCCGGCGAGAAGAAAACCGGCAGCGACGACGACGCCGAUUCGAACCGGAGAAAGGGCGGGUGGUGGUGGCGGUGGCGCCGGUGGCGGUGGCAGCCCCUGAUUCAGGCUCAGGAAAUUGGGGUCCUGCUCAUGCAAAUUGGGAUUGCGUUUUUCGUUUUGCGGUUGCUCCGGCCCGGAGUUUCGCUACCCGGGUCGGAUCCUCGGUCUCCGACUGUGUUUGUGAGUGUGCCUUAUAGUGAUUUUUUGAGUAGGAUCAAUAGUGACCAGGUGCACAAGGUGGAGGUUGAUGGGGUCCACAUCAUGUUCAAGUUGAAGGCUGGUGUUGGAACAAGCCAUGAUGAUGGUGGUGAUGUUGUUGCAGGUAGUAGUAGUAGGUUGCAGGAAUCAGAGUCUUUGGUGAAGAGUGUUGCAACAACUAGGAGGAUAGUGUAUACUACCACAAGGCCUAGUGAUAUCAGAACACCCUAUGAGAAGAUGCUGGACAAUAAAGUGGAAUUUGGGUCCCCAGAUAAGCGGUCUGGCGGAUUCUUUAACUCUGCUCUGAUAGCCUUGUUUUAUGCUGCUGUGCUUGCGGGGCUUCUCCAUCGAUUCCCUGUAAGCUUUUCUCAGCAUACGGCUGGUCAGAUACGGAACCGCAAAUCAGGCCCUUCUGCUGGUACAAAGUCAUCUGAACAAGGAGAAACAGUCACUUUUGCUGAUAUUGCUGGUGUUGAUGAAGCUAAAGAGGAGUUAGAAGAGAUUGUAGAAUUUCUGCAAAAUCCAGAUAGAUACGUAAGGCUUGGUGCUCGCCCACCUCGUGGUGUUCUCUUGGUGGGUCUUCCUGGAACAGGUAAGACUUUACUUGCGAAGGCUGUGGCUGGGGAAGCUGAUGUGCCAUUUAUAAGUUGUUCUGCUAGUGAGUUCGUAGAAUUGUAUGUUGGCAUGGGUGCCUCUCGUGUAAGAGAUCUAUUUGCAAGGGCUAAAAGGGAAGCUCCGUCCAUAAUCUUUAUUGAUGAGAUAGAUGCUGUGGCUAAAAGUCGUGAUGGCAAAUUUCGCAUUGUCAGCAAUGAUGAACGAGAGCAAACCUUGAAUCAGUUGCUCACUGAGAUGGAUGGGUUUGAUAGCAAUUCUUCAGUGAUUGUUCUUGGAGCUACUAAUCGGUCAGAUGUCUUGGAUCCUGCACUUCGCCGGCCAGGAAGAUUUGAUCGUGUAGUUAUGGUAGAAGCACCUGAUAGAAUUGGAAGAGAAGCCAUCCUAAAAGUUCAUGUUUCCAAGAAGGAACUUCCUUUAGCCAAGGAUGUUGACCUCAGUGGCAUUGCUUGUAUGACCACUGGUUUUACUGGAGCAGAUCUUGCAAACCUAGUAAAUGAGGCUGCUUUACUGGCUGGGAGACAAAAUAAAGUUGUGGUGGAGAAACUUGAUUUCAUCCAAGCUGUAGAAAGAUCUAUAGCUGGCAUAGAGAAGAAGACUGCCAAGUUGCGAGGAAGUGAGAAGGCUGUAGUUGCACGACAUGAGGCUGGUCAUGCUGUAGUAGGUACUGCAGUUGCAAAGCUUCUUCCUGGACAGCCACGUGUUGAGAAACUAAGUAUAUUGCCAAGGUCAGGAGGGGCUUUGGGCUUUACUUAUAUUCCUCCAACAACUGAGGAUAGAUACUUGCUAUUUGUCGAUGAGUUGCAUGGUCGCCUGGUGACCCUUCUUGGAGGACGUGCAGCUGAAGAAGUUGUUUUUUCUGGUCGAGUGUCAACAGGUGCACUUGAUGACAUACGACGAGCAACUGACAUGGCAUACAAGGCUAUAGCUGAAUAUGGUCUUAAUCAGACCAUAGGUCCUGUUUCAAUAGCCACUCUUUCUAGUGGUGGAAUUGAUGAGUCUGGGGGAGCAGUUCCUUGGGGAAGGGAUCAGGGACAUCUUGUUGAUCUUGUUCAAAAAGAGGUGCAAACAUUACUGCAGUCUGCACUGGCUGUAGCACUUUCCAUUAUCCGAGCCAAUCCUACUGUUUUGGAGGGCCUUGGUGCUGAUUUGGAAGAAAAGGAGAAAGUUGAGGGUGAAGAGCUACAGAAGUGGUUAAGAUUGGUUGUCGCACCAACAGAGCUUGAUGCCUUUGUCAAAGGUACACAGCCACCUCUUCUUCCAUCGCAGACAGGUUCCUGACAGUUGAUAGCUGUUUAUUAUGCUAGCUAUGUGGACUGUAAAUUGGGGUAUGAAUUGACACCAUUGCUCCGAAGCCAGUGAAGUUAUAUCUCAAAUAGCAUGAAUUUACCUUUACAACUUUGUACAUCCCUGUAAGGUGAAUUUUGGCAUCAUUUUUAACAAGUAGCCAGCCUGUUAUUUGUGUUAUAAUUCACUCCACCAAAUGUCCAAAUCCAUGGGAGAUGGGAAGAUUCAAAUAUACACAUCAAUACCUCUUCACAUGUUUCACAAUUCUUUAACUGGUGGCACCUUUACUACAUGCAUGCUCGUAUAUGAAUUUGUUUUACUGACAAUCAUUUAUGUUACAUGUGAUUUCUGCAAAUGUAUGUUUGUGUACAGUUUGAUUUUCUGAAAUAUACAAGGAAAUUUACCACGUGCUA